GGUGCGCACUCGCUGAAUCGCUCUUACUUGGCGCGUAGUGUAGUGCUACUACGAAUUUUUACGCUUGUCGAAAAACGAAACUGCAGGAAAGCCUUUGCGCUUCCGAAAAGCGGCUGCAACACCACUCUCGCCGCAAAGCCGUCUUAUUAUUAUUAUAUAUUUUUUUUUUCGAUCUGUAUAUCUAUUAUUUGUUGAGCGAGCACCCGUUGCGAGAUUGUCGCACCUGUCACAGCCGGAUCGUAGCCUGCGCAACGCCUUUAUCGACCUCUGAAUCGUCCGCGCUAUACGAUUGCAUUCGGCGUUCCAAACCAACAGUAGAGCAGCUCUGUGUGCAUCGCUGGCCAACAUGACUCCGUACCGCACACUCAAGUUCGGUCGCGCCUUACUGCUGUCGUCGAGAAGUCUUGGCGUCCGCUGCAGCUACCGAAGCAUGGGCGACUCCCAGCAGAGCUACUCGUUCGAGACGCUGCUCGUGUCCAAACCCGCCGAGCACGUCUUUCAUGUGGAGCUGAACAGACCCGACAAGCUGAAUGCCAUGAACACGGCGUUCUGGGCGGAGCUUCCGGCAUGCUUUCAGCAGCUUCAGAAUGACCAGAACUGCCGCGUCGUCAUUGUAAGCGGUUCUGGAAGGCUGUUCACGGCUGGGCUGGACCUGGCUAGCAUGGCAAGCAUAUCUAUGGGGCAGUCGUCUGGCGAUGAGGAGCCUGAUGUGGCGAGGAGGGCUCGCCAUCUCCACAGGCUGAUCACCAAGUAUCAAGAGACCUUCAAUUCCUUAGAGAAGUGUACAAAGCCGGUGAUAGCAGCCAUUCAUAACGCCUGCAUUGGUGGUGGAGUAGACAUGGUCACAGCUUGCGACAUCCGUUACUGCACCAGUGAUGCAUAUUUUCAAGUGAAGGAAGUCGACCUCGGCUUGGCUGCAGAUGUGGGCACGUUGCAGAGGCUUCCGCGGGUCAUUGGCAGUGCCAGCCUUGUCAACGAGCUCGUCUUUACGGCUCGUAAGAUGGAAGCCGCUGAGGCCCAUCAGGCAGGUCUGGUGAGUCGUGUGUUUCCGGAGAAGGCCCAGAUGAUGGCUGCGGCUCUGGAUGUGGCCAAGCAGAUUGCUGCCAAAAGUCCGGUGGCUGUACAAGGCAGCAAAGUGCACCUCAUCUACUCCAGAGACCACGGCGUCGACGAGGGGCUUCGCUACAUGGCGUGCUGGAAUAUGUGCAUGCUGCAAUCCGAGGACCUGAUGAAGUCUGCUAUGGCAAUGAUGGCAAAGGAGAAAGAACCACCAAAAUAUUCAAACCUAUGAAAUGGUUAAUAUGAAAUUGUUAGGUAUUAUAUUUUUUUAUGUCCGGCAAGUGCCUUAUUAAUGAACCCAGGAGAUCUACGUUCAUGUUACAAGAAAAAUGAUUUAUAAACCAUGGAGUGUGUC